UCAACCUCUAUAACAUUUUACUACAGAAGAGGAUGUCUUUGCCCAGAAUCCAAAUAGAAGAGGUGGUGGACAGUGCAGAUGCCUCCUCUGAGAAUGCCACACCCCCCCAUGACCACCUGAGAAGCCUGAAGACUCUGACAGAGAAACUGAGACUGGAGACCAGGCGCCCUUCCUACUUGGAGUGGAAGGCCAAACUUGAGGACCAGACGUGGAAGAGCCCCAAGCCCUCUGGGGAGGAAGAGGUUAAAGAAGAAAAAAAGGCCACAGAGGAAGCUGCCCCUUUAAGAAAGGUGCAGGUGCAUCUCAAAGGGAGUUCUUCCCAGGAGAAGGUGACUCUGACUUCAGGGAAACUAAGUGGCUUUGAAAGCAUUCAGGAAGCUCUGAAUUGGCUCAGGAAGGAACUGACAGAAAUGCGCCUGCAGGACCAGCAGUUGGCACGGCAGCUCAUGCGUCUGCGCAGCGACAUCAACAAGCUGAAGAUCGAGCAGACGUGCCACCUGCACCAGCGCAUGCUCAACGACGCCACCUACGAGCUGGAGGAGCGGGACGAGCUCGCCGACCUCUUCUGCGACCUGCCGCUCGUGAGCUCCUUCAGCCUCUCCGCACCGCUCAAGCUCAUCGGCGUGACCAAGAUGAACAUCAACUCCCGCAGGUUCUCGCUGUGCUAG